AUGUUUUUUACUUUUGGCUGUCCCAUUGAUCAUCAUGAUUCAUCCAUACAAAUUCGAUCAUUAUCGGCACAAUCAAAAUCACCAAAUAUUGAACGAACAAAAAUUUUGUUGCCCGAAAGAAGUCAAUAUACCAAUGCAAAUAUCUAUGAAAUUCUUGCCGUCAGUUUAUUGGCUACAAUGGGUAGUUUUAUAAUACCACAAUUCAGUACGUUUCUAACAUAUAUUGUUGCAUCGAAUCGAUUUAUCAACCGGAAUCAAAUCCAGAAGAAACAAUUAAAAGAAAUAAAACUUAGAAAUAGAAUGUGA